UGUGAAGGGCUGGAGGAGGGAGAGAGAUAGGAGGUAAAGAGGAGAAAGAGCAGAGAAGGAGGAGGAGGAGGGUGCUUUUCUGGAUGUGGAUGACAACCCCUCCACCUACCCCGGGGAUCCCGCAGACCGCACUCACCCUGGAUGACCAGUCUGCAGCCCUGGCAUAGUGCUGCCACCCGACAUGCACCUUGGGUGAGGCUGCUGGGGCCAGGAAGGACAGGGGACUCGUCUACCGAGGAGAGAUCCCAGUGUCUCUGGCCACAUUGCAGACUAGCAGGGCAUGCAUGGGCUGAGGAUCUUCAGAGGGCACCACAGGCAGGUCACCACCGUCUUCUGCUGCCUCUAGACAUGGGGAACAUCUCCUCCAACAUCUCCUCCUUCCAGUCUCUGCACAUUGUCAUGCUCGGCCUGGACUCUGCCGGGAAGACCACCGUGUUGUAUCGGCUGAAGUUCAAUGAGUUUGUCAACACGGUGCCCACCAUCGGCUUCAACACUGAAAGGAUACGGCUGAGCAACGGGGCAGCCAAGGGGAUCAGCUGCCACUUCUGGGAUGUGGGGGGUCAGGAGAAGUUGCGCCCCCUCUGGAAGUCCUACAGCCGAUGUACGGACGGGAUCAUCUACGUGGUGGACUCUGUGGACUCAGAUCGUCUGGAGGAGGCCAAGACCGAGCUGCACAAGGUGACCAAGUUUGCAGAGAACCAGGGAACUCCUCUCCUGGUCAUCGCCAACAAGCAGGAUUUACCCAAGUCCCUGGCAGUGGCUGAGAUUGAGAGGCAGCUGGCACUGCAGGAACUGAGCCCAUCUACCCCCUACCACAUCCAGCCGGCCUGUGCUAUCAUUGGAGAGGGCCUCACAGAAGGCAUGGACAAACUCUAUGAGAUGAUCCUCAAGAGAAGGAAGACCCUCAAGCAGAAGAAGAAGCAGCGGUAACCCUGGGUUAUUGGAUGGCCAACCAAAGAUUUGCCCACUAGGAUUAUGGCUGCUGUUGGCUUGGCAUUUCUAGAUACCUACAGACUCCUUGCACUGUGUGACAAGGGGACCCAGUUUACCCAAGAGGCAGGGCAGGACCCUGCUGCCAUUUAACCCCUUGUGUCAUUGCUGAGCAAUAUGUGCCACCCUCCAGAGGCUAAAAGGGAGUGUAAUAAAAUGGUGUACUGAAGUGACCCGGUGACAAGUGUCCUCUGUGCUAGUGGACCACAUAUGUUGAGUGAUAGACCUUAUUCCAAUCUCUAUAAUUUAUCUAUCCUCCCACCAAAAAAAUAAUAAUUAUGAAAUGAAACUUGAAGUUUUAAGUGUCCAGUGUUGACAUUAUUAUCUGUGGACAUGUCCUGGUGUCACCGCCUCCUGUGGGAUGAGGGGUCUGCAGGGGGCUGAUGUCUUUCCUGUCUGGUCUGACAAGCUGUGCCUGGUGUUCAUUUUUUCCUUCCUCCACUGUUUUCUCUCAUUCAUAGCCACAGGUGACAAAUGUAACAUGAAUUUUGUGCUACAUUUCUGUGAUUCAGUCUCAUGAUGGAUGGGGGGUGGGGGGGGGAUGGUUUUUCAGGUUUUGGGUUGGGAUCCAUGACUGGUAUCAUCUGGUGCCCAUUUCUACUGCAUGAGCUUAAUAUGUGAGAUUGCUAGAAUCGCCUGUUCUCUAUUGUCUUUUCUAGCCUCCAUAUUAUUUGCACUCUUACUAAAAAUGAUUGUUGAAUUUUAA